UCGAAAUUGUCCAAACACCGCACGGUUAUGAUGGAUAUGGGACUAGGUGAAGAUGGUGGGACACUGAAGCAAGCCUCUCAUGUCUGGGCUAUGCUUGAUGAGAUGGCCAGUUCUGAUCCUGCGGCAUACCAGAGAUUCAUCAAGAAAACCAUGGAGGAAGGAAAAGAAAACAUGGAUCUUCCCAAGCCAUUCGCCUGCAUGAAGACAUCUAUCAUUACCCCAUCAAAGUCUGUGUUGUAUAUCAACCUGUGUAGCUGGAAGAAGAUCCCUAAACCUUCUACUGAUUCUGACCCCAUUGCAGUGGCUACAGGACCUCUUGAAGAUAGCAAAGAUGCUACAGGUAAAUACAGUGUUGUCCGAUUGGCUUUCAAUCCUUACGUUCUAGAAGAAAGUUUUCAAAAUGAUGUCGAUCGUGACCUUCUGAUCAACCUCGGAAUGGACUAUGUGGAGAAUCAACACAAAGUUAAACUCUCCAGGUCGUACAAAGAGUGCCAAGGCCUCAAGUUCAAAGGAGACAUCUCCACGUUGACAUCGGCAAAGCGGUUCUUCGGGAAGCGGGAGAAGACGGAAGCAGAAAUCUUGGAGGAGAACCUUGCGGGACUCAGCCCGGACACGCUCCUGGGGAAGAUCCAUGAACUGUCAAACCAGGACCUAGGGCAGUCAGAACUGGAGGACAAGCUGAAGGAUCUUGCUGUAGGAUCCACCAAAGAUCCAGGUGGAGACAGAAAAGGUGGACUGAUCCAGGAGAUCUCUAGCACCAAGUUGGAGCUACCAGAGCCGGAGUACAGUCUUGAUCUCCAGGAGGGUGAUGAGAAGGGUCCCAGGAGACUUGAGUUGAGAUUGGAGCUUCAUGGUGUACAAUCCGUCUCUCAGUGUGAACUGGACAUCUCAGAGGAUGAAGUCAGCCUGUUUGUCGAGGGGAAGUACGACCUCCAUCUACGUUUUCCAGAACUGAUCUCCGAGUCUGACGCAAAGGCCAAGUUUUACAAGAAAUCUUCAGUGCUGUUGGUCACAUUACCAACCCAGAACCAGAGAUGACAUCAUAUGAGGAGGCUUUCACGGGUGAGUUAAGAGCCAAGACUGCUUGAGGCUGUCAAGUGUACAUCUAAUGCAGCAGAGAUGGUUGACACGUCGAGAAGACCGUCGCUAACGGAACCCACAAAGAUAACAGGUGUGCGCGUAUGUUUAUCAUCGAUUCAGAGAGUAUCAAAUGUCAUGCCUUCCUCUAAAGGGCUUUCGCACCUGUGGCCCAUAACAUAAAGCUUAGUAAGAUUUUCAUCAUAGAACUUUUUGUUAUUGAUCGCAUAGACAAUUAUUUUCAAUCAUUUAAAAUCAAGUGUACAAGUAAGCACAAUCCUUUGUGUUACGGCACCCUGCACGUUCUAACGAGCCAUUGUAUUACGUAAUUAUAAUAUUAUUUAGGUAGCAGUUCUUCAUAUCAAUGUUUAAUUGUCAGAAAUAAAUGUAGGAUUACAUUAACAUGCUUAAAAGAUUGAGGUGUACUCAAGGGUUAUAAAUCAAUAAUGACUACAGGAAUUGUUGAAAUAAUAUAUGCUUAAUAGCUGCUAAAUACAGUGAUUACAUGUAGCUGGAUCAAUGAGGAAAAUUUAGACAUGUUUUAGAUGUCAAUUUUUAUCCACUCUUUCCUAUUUGUGAUCGUUUCUGUUAUGUAAUGAAAGCCUGCUGGGAUUGUGGCAUACAAACUAUCAGUCAUUUAACUUGCUCCCGUUUGAGAUGAUGAUGGUAGCUACAUGUAUUGUGCAGUAAAUAUUCAGUUCCAUGUCUUAAUCUAAUAAUACCCUCGAUCAGAAUUCGUAUCCUCGUCGAAAUAACAUUCUAUUAUGAAUCGGUUAAGAUUCCAAUGAUAUCUUAUCGCGACCCAAACGUUGAUCAAUGCCACAAAUUCGUGGGCUGAGAUACGAUUGAGUUUGUACCAAUUGUAAGGCACUGAAAAUCUUUAAACUUUGAUGUAGAUCCAGAUUACCAUUUUUGUCAAGUUCAACUAACUUCAAGUUUUGGCAACGUAAUCGUCAGGACACAAGUUUGCUUGUACGGGACUAUUCACUUCAGCACUGCGGAUCUGUUUGAACUCGGAAACAUGAUUUUGGAUAAGACUUCUCAAUGCUUCUGUGUUAUUUACUGUCUACCCUGUACUUUUUUAAUAUUGGGUAGAGUUUUUUUGGCGGGGGUUGUUGUAACACCUUAUUAUGCUUCAUAGAUUUAAGGCAGGAAAAGUGACACUUUUCGGUAAGUGAACUUGAGUAAAUGAGAAAUUUAAUUAUCGAUCAUCUGCUCACCCGCGAUGACGACCGACGAUAAACUCCAACACCGAUAUUGCAUCAUCAAAGGGAAUGGAUAAUUGAGUGAAAUCAUGUGGACAAAUGUCCUUUAUCAAUUGAGUCAUGGGGGGGGUCUUUGGUGGAGACCCACCUCCAGUUUUCCUUAUUUCUCUAGUGUAAAGGCCUUACUCCUGUUUUGCAGCAACUCUGCAUCUCUUCCAUUGAUCUUUCAUUUGAGCCAAGCUCCACUUCUGUCCAUACUUAUUAACAAAUUGUUGAUAAAUCUUUUUCCAUGCAUUGAUUUUCCUUGAAUUUGUAAUGUGAUUUGUAGCCUUGUUGAUUAUGUGGAUUCUAUCUGCAAUUAAUUCAAUCAAAUAAUUCUUGCAAUUCUGCCAAUUUGGUUUCCUGUCCCUCUUAAUUCCUGUAUCCUCCAUGAUUAUUGAUUAAUUAAUUAAUACGCAACAAAAGUUUGUACUGAGCAUGC